AUGCGACAAGCAGAUAAAGUGAUAACAAGUGGAUCAAUCUUCAAGAUUGUCAGUGACAAAUUCUCUGGAAAUGCAUUUCUUGAUGAUCUUUCAUAUUAUAUAUUUUCGGAUGUGAUAAUAGAAAUGUUAAGAAAUCAUUUUGUAAAAAAUCCACUGAGGCCACCACCUGCUAUCUUAGCCUUCUUUCAAUCCCAUCUGUUCAUCGUGAAACGAAAGCAAAAGACAAACCAAGAACUUCAAGAUACUCAUAAGGUUUUCAUAGAAAUAUGGCAUUAUUAA